AUGUCUUCUCGCCAAGUUGACGCUAAUGGUUUUCAAGGUUCUCAAAGCUAUAAAAAUAACCAAAACUUACGAAAAUACAGACCUUUAGCUCCAAAGUUACCAUAUACUCAAAUGGUUGAUAGCUCUUCUCAGCAAUUUUUAAAUUUCCAAUUAACAUUUAAGUCAGGUACUCAAGUAUUAAAACCAAGUACUCCGAUGGUAGCUGCUGAUAUAAACACUCGAGUAAUAGAAAGGUCAAACAUUAUCGUUGAUACUACUACAAGGAAAAGACCAAAUGAUUAUGAUUCAUUGCAUGAAACUAAUGUUCUUUAG